CGCCGAAAUCCCGACAUGGAGUUGCUGCUGAUCUGCCUUUCCCUGUGGAUAUUGCAAUGCAAUUCGGCCAAAGCGGACUCCAUCAUACAUAUCGGUGCCAUAUUCGAGGAAAACGCUGUGAGAGAUGACGAGAUUUUCCAACUUGCCAUCUCAGAUCUGAGUCUGAACGAUGACAUUCUGCAGAGCGAGAAAAUCACCCACUCUGUGAAACUUAUCGAGCCAAACAACCCUUUUCAGGCUGUGCAGGAAGCAUGUGAGCUGAUGAACCAGGGGAUCCUCGCUCUGGUCACGUCCACUGGCUGCGCAGCCGCAAGUGCCCUGCAGUCUCUGACGGAUGCGAUGCACAUUCCCCACCUCUUCAUCCAGAGAAAUGGUGACGGGGCACCCCGCACCGCCUGUCAGCUCAACCCCAGCCCAGACGGGGAGAGCUACACCCUGGCCGCCCGUCCACCUGUUCGAAUCAACGACGUCCUGCUCACCCUCGUCUCGGAGCUUCACUGGCAGAAGUUCAUCAUCUUCUAUGAGAGCGACUACGACAUCCGGGGUUUGCAAACCUUCAUGGAUCAGUCGUCUCGGCUGGGUCUGGACGUGUCCUUGCAGAGGGUGGACCGCAACGUCAGCCGAGUCUUCACUGACCUCUUCAACACGAUGCGCACGGAGGAGCUCAACCGGUACCGGGACACUCUGCGGAGGGCCGUGUUGCUCAUGAGCCCUCGCGGUGCACAGGUGUUCAUCCACCAGGCUGUGGAAACUAACCUGGCAUCCAAGGACAGUCACUGGGUCUACGCCAAUGAGGAGGUGAGUGAUGCAGACAUGAUGGAGCUGGUCCACAGCUCUCUGGGCAGGAUGACCAUCAUUCGUCAGAUCUUCCCAUUGUGGAGAGACACCAACGUUCGCUGUAUGAGGAACAAUCAUCGCAUCUCCUCCCUGCUCUGUGACCCGCAGGAAGGCUAUCUGCAGUCCCUGGAGGUGUCCAAUCUCUACCUGUAUGACAGUGUUUUGAUGCUAGCCAACGCCUUCUACAGAAAACUGGAGGACAGGAAGUGGCACAGCAUGGCCAGCCUUAACUGCAUGAGGAAGUCCACUAAGCCAUGGAAUGGAGGAUGGUCUAUGUUGGACACCAUCCAAAAGGGACGGAUCAGUGGCCUGACAGGAAUGAUGGACUUCCGUGCUGAAGGCUCUAAUUCCCAUGUGCAAUUUGAGAUACUUGGAACCAGCUACAGUGAGACAUUUGGGAAAGAUGCGAAACGGCUGGCCUCUUGGGACUCCACCCGUGGUUUGAAUGGUAGCCUGAAGGAAAAUCGGAUAGAGAGUGGUAUGCAGGGAGUGACGCUGAAGAUUGUAACAUUACUGGAAGAGCCGUUUGUGAUGGUGGCAGAGAAUAUUCUUGGCCAACCCAAGAGAUACAAGGGUUUCUCCAUUGAUGUCCUGGACGCCCUGGCCAAGAUCCUUGGCUUCAAGUAUGACAUCUACCAAGUCGGCGAUGGGAAAUACGGCUCAGCACUUCCCAAUGGAUCCUGGAAUGGCAUGAUAGGAGAGCUCAUUGGCAAGCGAGCUGACUUGGCAAUAUCAGCCAUCACCAUCACGCCGGAGCGUGAGAGUGUUGUGGAUUUCAGCAAACGCUACCUGGACUAUUCAGUGGGAAUCCUGAUGCGCAAGUCAGAGGAAAAGAUCAACAUUUUCUCUUUGCUGGCACCAUUUGACUUGGCAGUGUGGGCGUGCAUUGCCGCAGCUAUCCCUGUGGUGGGCAUUAUGAUCUUCCUGCUCAGGCGCAUCCAGGCAGUGCGCUGCCAGAACAAUGCAGGAGGACACCCGCCGCCUUCUGUCUCCACUUCACUUCAGAGCGCCAUCUGGAUUGUCUACGGUGCUUUUGUUCAACAAGGCACUGACUCCAUCCUGGGAUCCGUGGCUCUGCGUAUCGUCAUGGGCAGCUGGUGGCUCUUCACUCUCAUUGUCUGUUCGUCCUACACAGCAAACCUGGCUGCCUACCUCACAGUGUCACGCAUGGACAAUGCUGUACGGUCGUUCCAGGACCUUUCCAAGCAGGUGGACCUCGUUUACGGGACAGUCAGGGACUCUGCUGUGUACGAGUAUUUCCAGGCUAAAGGGACAAACCCUUUGGAGCAAGACAGCACAUUUGCUGAGCUCUGGAAGACCAUCAACAAGAACAACGCCUUUGAGAACUCCGUCUCCAGCCCAUCAGACGGAAUCAAGAAGGCAAAGCGAGAGUCGUAUGCCUUUCUGUGGGACAUGGCGGUGGUAGAGUACGCUGCUCUGACAGAUGACGACUGCACACUGACUGUAGCUGGCAACAGCAUGAGCACCAGAGGCUACGGCAUUGCCCUGCAGCACGGCAGUCCUUACAGAGACCUCUUCUCUCAGAAGAUAUUGGAGCUUCAGGAAAAAGGUGACCUUGACAUUCUGAAGCAGAAAUGGUGGCCGAGGAAAGGCCGCUGUGACCUUCAGAGCCACGCGGACGCCCAGCCGGAGGGACGGGCGCUGCGUCUCCACAGCUUUGCUGGCGUCUUCUGCAUCCUGGCUGCGGGGCUGCUGCUGGCCCUCCUGGUGGCGGCACUGGAGACCUGGUGGAACAGCAACCACUGCCGGAGAGAGCAGCCCAAAGAGGACAAAGAGGUGAACCUGGAACAGGUCCACCAUCGUUUGAACAGCCUCCUGGACGAGGACUUGGCCCACAAGCAGCUGCCAGGCCAGUCUAUCGAGAUCUCUGCCCUGGACAUUGGCAGCAUGCAGCCCAGCCAGUCCCUAGAGGUCUUGUCUGCCCGGGACUACCAAGCUCAUCGGGGGCCACCGCGACUCUCCGUGACCACCUUCCUCCAGGAGGGUCAUCGGGCAGGAAGGACACUGGGAGCAGCCACUGGCAGGACCUUGCCCCUGCCCCUCAGCAGUGCCACCAUGCCCUCUAUCCGCUGCAAACACAGGGCGCCCAAUGGGGGGCUCUUCCGGCAGAGCCCUGUCAAGACCCCCAUGCCAAUGUCCUACCAACCGGUGCCAGGAGGACCCAUCCCAGAAGCCAGUGAGCCCAGCCACGGGACAUCCAUCUGAGCACAGCUAACACUCACAGACACUCAAGCUCAAACAGAUAGAGGAGCUAAACAGAGUGCCAACAGUGUGAAGAGAUAUAAAUAACACACUUAAAAAAGGCUUUUUAUUACCAGUGAUGGAGAGUCAGUGGGACUAAAUGUGACAAGACAUCGUCUUUAAUGUACAUAUUUGUAAGUACAAAGAGAGAGA